CGCGGCGGCCGCGCAGGCGCAGGGGGGCGCGGAUGGCGGCGGGGCCGCGCGAUGCUGCGCUGGCUCGCGGCCGUGCUCAGCCCCUCGUGCUCCGUGCCCGGCGGCGCCUCCAUGUUCUACGCCGUGCGCAAGGGCCGGCGCGCCGGCGUCUACCGCACCUGGGCGGAGUGCCAGGAGCAGGUGAACAAGUUCCCCUCCGCUAGCUUCAAGAAGUUCGCCACCGAGAAGGACGCCUGGACCUUCGUGCGCGCCGGCCUGCCGGGGCCGCAGCCGCCCCAGCCCGAGCCGGCAGAGGCAUUUGGUCCUCUAGCUGUAACACAAGAAAAUGGUAGCCAGAGAGAGGAACCAGAAUUAAAUACCAUGUGUUGCAGUACAUGUAAAAGGCCAUAUGAACAGUCUACAAAUGAAGAGCAGAUUGCAAAGCGUGUAAAACAUGACGAAGUACAGUCAGUGUGCUCAAUACCAACAGUCAGUGAAGAUAAGUUUUCAUAUAUGGGUGACUUUGCAGUUGUUUAUACAGAUGGUUGUUGCUCUAGUAAUGGACGUAACAGGGCACGUGCUGGAAUAGGUGUCUACUGGGGACCAGGCCACCCUUUAAAUACCAGUGAAAGACUUCCUGGACGGCAGACUAAUCAAAGAGCAGAAAUCCAUGCAGCCUGCAAAGCAAUAGAGCAAGCCAAGAGUCAAAACAUCAAGAAGUUAAUAAUCUACACUGAUAGCAAGUUUACUAUUAAUGGUAUUACAAGCUGGGUUGACAACUGGAAAACAAAUGGCUGGAGAACAAGUUCAGGAGGAAGUGUAAUAAAUAAAGAAGAUUUUGAAAGACUCGAUAGUCUAGCAAAAGACAUAGAAAUUCAGUGGAUGCAUAUUCCCGGUCAUGCUGGCUUCCAAGGAAAUGAAGAAGCUGAUAGACUAGCAAGAGAAGGAGCUUGUAAACCAAAGUGCUGAUGGCCUGGGACUAUAGACUGAGAGGAAAGGGCCUAACAUGACAGCAACAACUUGAACUGCUGUAAUUGUUUUGGAGUUGAACUUUGAGCUGUACUUCUUUCUGGCCUGAAGCACUAAAUGUAAACCAACUUCUGGGAAGGAGAACCCCACAUUUUCUUCUAUUGCAUUUGUUUUACAAUUGAGACAAUAUUUAGUUGAUGAUACUGAGUAUUUGUUUUUUCUCCAUCUGUUGGAAGGUCUGUGGUCAGUGCUUUUAGCUGCCUUGUGUACUUACAAACUCACCUUAAAGACAGGCUUCUGAAGAAGUAAUUUUAAAUCAAAGUGUUCUGUAUUUUCCUCUUAAUGAAAUAAAUUUUUUUUUUUUUUUGUGCAGAGGUAUUUAUUGCAGCCCAAAAUAGCUGGGACAGACUUUGGGGUUGAUUAAUUUGGUAGGAAGUCACCUAACACAGAUGUCCAUUGGUCUGCUGUGGCAUUCUGGUACUGGCAAUACCUGCUCUACAGAUGGGCUUGUAACACUGACCUGUGCGAGCCUUACUGUGUCAGCUACAGAACCAGUAGCUUUCUUUUAUCAUGUUACUUUGCAGGGUAGCAUGAAUAAAGAAAAAGCCUGGUCACAAGAAAA